AUGGCGUCGGCGGCGGUCGCGUCCGUGGGAGAAGCAGACCUCCGUCAGCAGAUUCGGGAGCUGCAGAAGCAGCUUGCGGAGGCGAAGGCUUCUGCCGCACAUCAGGCACACUUCGAUGAGGAGAAGAAGCUGGCUCAAGAGCGAGCGAGCGGAGUGAAGUCUGUUGAUGUGUGCUUCGUGAUCGACUGCACAUCUUCUAUGAAACGUGUAAUUGACGCCGUCAAGCAGAAAUUCAUUGAAGUUAAGCGGUUCAUUGUGGCCUACAUGGGGGCGGGAGCGUUGGUUCGCUUAUCAGUGGUUGGAUAUCGCGACCACGGGCAUAAGGUGCCUCUCGAGUUCUGCCCCUUCACCACAGAGGACUCCCACAUGUCAAAGUUUUUGGCGUCUCUUGAGCCAACGUCUUGUCCCGACCCAGACGAGUGCGAGGAUAUGAUCUCAGGACUUCAGCAGGCAGUCGAGCUCGAGUGGAGGGGAAGAAUUAGGCUGCUCUACGUCGCUGCAGACAAUCCGCCUCAUGGCCGAAGGUUUCAUUCGAACCUGACGGACAAUGAAGACAGGCACGUUGACGACCCUCGCCAGUGGGAAGUAACAGAUGCCGUGUUCAAAACCAUUAGGGACAUGGGAAUUCAUUUGAUAUUUUUACACGCGCAGUCGCGUGAUCUGACCAAGAUGUUCCAGGUAUUCAGAGGCUUGAUGGAGAUUGAUGGCGAUUGCGAAAAUCUGCAGAUUCUGGAGAUGAGCAACAAGGUGGCCGAUUUUACCCGGAGCAUGAUUCGAUCUUGCGGUGACAGUUUGACCAAAUCUCUGACGAACAAGCGUUCCACGAAAGGGAAAAAGGUCAAAUGUGAACAGCAUUUCUUCGAGACGUGUCCUGUAGGGUGGGAACAUUCCCACGACUGGCCCCAGCAUGAAGUCGUGCUGACGACAUUCAAGACUAAGACUCCGCAGGGCCAGUUAGCCUGGCACGAAGUGAAACGCACCGUCCGCUUGCGCUCGCAGCCGUUUGCAGAGGGGGCUAUGCGUUAUGCAUUUCCUGCCUAUGAUGAGGUCGCUAAGCAACAGCUGGUUGCCAAGGUGUACAAGGACAAGGGCGACUGGUGCAACUCAGUCGCUGCGUUGCAGAAGGACGCGGUGACGCAGAGUUUUGCUGAGCACUUCGCAGUGGAAUUUUCCAAGCUGUGCUGCCCAGUCAAAUAUGUUCCAGUGCAGAUGAUGGAGAUAACCAGUAAGACGCAAGAUCAUAAGAUUCUUCGCCGGACGCUGAUCGAGCCUUUCAUUCAACAGCGAAUUUCGGGCGAGUAUGCGAAGUACACGAGCAAUGCGGGGUACGCUGCCAAUGAUUCCGAUGUGGCGCAGGCGUUUUCCCAUUUCACUUGGCAGCAUUCCGGGGGACGACUGAUGGUCACUGACAUCCAAGGUGUUGGAGAUGCCGUCUUCACUGAUCCACAGAUUCACACCAGCGAUCCACUUGACGAUCGAUUCGGCCAAGGAAAUCUCGGCAAGCAAGGUAUCGAUGAUUUCUUUUUGUCGCACGUCUGCAAUGAGCUCUGUCAGGACUUGAAGCUAGACCCUUCGCCGAUGCAGGUGCCGGGGCUGGCUGGAAUUGUGGAGUGUCUCUUCAACGACUGCACGUCUGACGAGGGCUGCUCAGACGGGGGGAAUACCAUGAAAGUUCCGCCGAGAUGUGCGUCGAGACCUUCAUCGGCGCUUCGGAAAGUCUCGCUUAUGUGCGACGGACCAUGUGGAACCAGCAUUCUGAUUUCGCGUGACGAAUACAAUGCAGCUAAGUCAUCAGGAUUGGGGGCCUUAUGCAAGCCAUGCUUUCAGCAGGCGAGUAGUACGCUGUGCCGGAAGUCAUGUUGCGCUCCAGAUUGCCGAGAUAGUGUUACGUAUUCCGUGUGGUUGCUGAAUGUGUGCGGGCUUGAGGUGCCGAUGUUUUGUAGGGAAUGUUCUAAAUAUGAUUCUGGAUGGGAGUUUGUCGAGGCUACGUCCGAUGUAACUUCGACAACAUCGAAGUAG